GCGAACAAAGAACAGUUUUGAACAAAAAUUUAUGAGCGAACCGAGCUCGGUGGAGCUCUCCCGCACGCAAAGCUUCCGCGAGCACUUCCUUCCUCUCCAAGCUCUCGAUCCUACAGGCUGCACGAGAGGUAAAAAUCACAACACCUCUCCUCUCUGCCGAAGAGCUAGGGCACCGAUUCCCUCGAUUGAUGCGUAUGAGCGAACCCGCGGCUUCGUCUCCCUUCACUUCUACGCUCCGCAGGGUUUCGGUUCCUACGGGAGCUUCUUCUUCUUCCUCUACUUCGACCCUCCUACCUUAGGUCGCAGUUCAAACCAGCACCGCAGGCGUGCCUCUUUCUUUGCAAAUCGGCUCGGUUCUGUUGCACACUUAAGUGCACAGGAUACCCACACGACGUCUUCAGUUUAGGCGAUUUACCCUUUCCCCUCUCUCUUCCUCUUCUUCGCCCAGUACCAGGCAGUCUGAAAUUGUGGAGGCUGAUUCCAAAAAAAAUUGUGUUUAAGAUGGAUGCCGAGGCUCCUUUUAUCCAUUCAAGUAUAUAUGAUGCCUUUGCUAGAAACCAAUCUACUGAAGCUUGCUCAGAAAACGGAAAGAAAGCAGUAAAUGAAGUGUCUGAAGUAUCUUGCUCUGAAAAUUAUUCAAGUUUGAAGCCUGAUUUUUCUUUGCUGGAGGGAGAGAUCUGUCUGGAUAAUUUCUCAGUCAGAGAGCUUCAAGAGGCUUUCAGAGCCACCUUUGGGAGGCAUACUUCUAUCGACGAUAAAUUGUGGCUUAAGCGACGCAUUGCAAUGGGAUUAACAAACUCUUGUGAUAUUCCAUCCACAAAUUUCAUUAUCAAGGACAACAAAAUAGUUCUCAGUGAUGUGAAAGAAAAGAUAGCAAGCGGCACUCAGAGCAACUUGUCUUCUCCUGUUUUUAUGGCGAUGAACGAAUCCACUGAUCCACUAAAUGAGACUUUGGAGGAAACCUUGAAUGAUACAUCCACCCAUAUUGAGAAGCAACAAGCAUCAUCUACACAGGAGCUUGAUAAAUCGCUCGAGAAAUGCAAUGAGGACAAUUUCAAUGCUCAAACGGUGCAAUGUGGCACCAAAAGGAUUAGAAGGCCUACAAAACGAUACAUUGAAGAGCAUUCUGAAGUAGAGGUCAUGCAAUGUAGUGGAAGAAUAGCUUCUUUGGGUAAAGAUGAUAUAGAUUACCGAUACUCCCUUAAAUCCAAGGUUAGGGCACCUUGUUUGGUUGAUACCAGCCAAGGCUUAUUUGGAGGAUAUGAUGCCCGGAUACCAUGUGUUCUUAGGGUCAGAAGACGACCGCCUAGAAAGAAUUUUUUGGCAUUAGUGAACUUUGUCCACGUGGAAAGAGAAAAAAUGAGUCCAGAAGUAUUUAAUAGCGAAAAGUCGCCGCAGGAAAAUCAUGUAAAGUUUAUUUCUUCUGGUAGCGCUGCCUUUCAUGAAAAUUCUGAUUCUGGUAGCGCUGCCUUUCAUGAAAAUUCUGAUACUUUACAACCAAUGGAAUCUAGCAAGAAGAAGAAUCACCGAGCUUGGACGCUUGGCGAAGUCCUGAAGCUGGUUGAAGGAGUGUCUAUGUAUGGAGUUGGAAGAUGGUCUCAAAUCCGGCAAGUAGCUUUUGCAUCAGGCUCUCAUAGAACAUCUGUUGAUCUCAAGGAUAAAUGGCGAAACCUUUUGAAAGCUACCUCUGCUCAAGAACGAACUGAUAAAGGGAUCGGGAAACCUGCUUGUUUGUCAGUUCCUGCACCAGUACUGCUGCGGGUGAGGGAAUUAGCAGACAAACGUUCACAUUCCGGAAUAGAGUUUGGUUCCGGUCAGUUUGUAGGCCUUGGUGGAAUUGUACAGGAAAAGAAGACCGGGUUCUUGUGAAUGAUCCCCUUUUGUAAAAUGAAUAAAAUUGAUAAUAAAGGAAUGGAAGCAGCUGUUUUAUGUAGAAAU